GGAAGCCGAUCCCCAAAGCUGAAACAGAGAAACCGAUCGGAGCAAUAAUGGACGCCCUCACCCGCUUCCACCGGUCGGUCGCCGGCGGCGACGACGAGGAGUGGCAGGAGGACGACAUCCUCGGUGAUACCGAGGGCCUCUGCUCUCUGUCCCCUCUCCAGCGGCUCUACGCCUUCGCGGCUUGCUUGGUUGCUGGACUUGCCCUCAUGAUGCUGUCACUUAUUGUUUUCGCCAGACCUAUCAAAUUUGCUCUCUUGUUUACAUUUGGAAACAUAAUGGCAGUUGGCAGCACAGUCUUUAUAAUGGGGGUAAAUAAACAAUUGAGGAUGAUGCUUGACCCAGUUCGUGUUUAUGCAACGGCUAUUUAUGUUGGAUGUGCUGUUUUUGCUCUGAUUUUCGCUCUUUUGAUUCAUGACAAGCUGCUAACAUUGAUUGCAAUCAUAUGUGAGAUAUGUGCGCUCUUCUGGUAUAGCUUGAGCUACAUCCCUUUCGCUCGACGGAUUGUCUCCGACCUGAUGGUGAAGCUCUGCGACACUGAGCUAUGAUCUUCUUACUUGGGCGCCUGAUGGAUAUUGUCAACAUGCUCGGGCGCCUAAAAUUGGAGACCUGUUCAUCUCCACCGGCUCCAGCAGUGCAUGUAUUCCACUCAUUUCCCUUUUUGUUGAUGAAUGAUGAACGGAUCAAGCUCCAUAUAUUGUGUAUAAAUGCUACACGAAACACUGUUUGUGCAGCUCACAACCCCCUUCUGUAACCCUUGAUUCCAUUUGUUCCUUCAAACCAGAUUCUAUGUAAAUUUGUUGCUGCAAAAACUCAGCCGAAUCAGAUUCCAUUUGUUUACUUGUCCA